CUGAGACCUGAUCGCCAACCUUACGGCUCGUCGAGGCGAAGACGGCAUUCGGCUGCAGUAUAAAGUUUUCACAAGCUGGCCUGCUAUAUCAAUGUGAACCCCGUACGAGGCAGAAACAUCAUUGUUGUAAGAGGUGAAAUAGAUCUGGGCACGAGUCAAGCAAGCGAUUGCGCCAUGUGGCGAAACUAUGGCGCCACCCACAUCCAUUCUCACAUCGAACAUUGAAAGCCAGGACUAACCUUCUCACUACUAUCAUAUUUGCAAUCGAUACAAGGAUGGCACCUUCACUCGAGGAGCCGAUCGAACCCGUUGAUGACGCUCUUACAUCUAAUCUGAAGCAGAAGCCUGCCCUCGUCGCGCCGGAGCCGGAACAUUGUCCAGGACCCGAGUCGAACGACGCAGGCAAAAGCGAUGCAUGCGCCGGUUGUCCUAACCAGGCCAUCUGCGCAUCUGCACCAAAAGGCCCGGAUCCAGACAUUCCCGUGAUGACGCAACGGUUGGCUGGCAUCAAGCGCAAACUGCUUGUGUUAUCUGGUAAGGGUGGCGUAGGUAAAAGUACCUUUACCACAAUGCUAGCCCACGCUUUCGCCAGCAACCCAGCCAAUACGGUGGGUAUCAUGGACACCGACAUCUGCGGUCCUAGCAUUCCCAAGAUGAUGGGCGUGGAGAACGAGACCAUUCAUGUAACGUCAACGGGUUGGGAGCCGGUUUGGGUUAGCGAGAACCUUGCCACGAUGAGCGUGCAGUUCAUGCUGCCGAACCGUGACGACGCAGUGAUCUGGAGAGGACCGAAGAAGAACGGCCUGAUUAAGCAGUUUCUGAAGGAUGUGGAAUGGGGAGAGCUGGACUACUUGGUUGUUGACACGCCACCUGGCACCUCCGACGAACACCUCAGCGUCAACAGCUACCUUAAAGAAAGUGGCGUUGACGGGGCUGUGCUAGUCACAACCCCUCAAGAGGUCGCAUUGCUUGAUGUUCGCAAAGAGAUCGACUUCUGCCGCAAAGCCGGCAUCCGCAUUCUAGGACUUGUCGAGAAUAUGUCAGGCUUCGUAUGUCCAAAGUGCACGCACACAUCCGAGAUCUUCCGGGCUACCACAGGAGGUGGUAUGAGGCUAGCUCGUGAAAGCGGCAUACCCUUCCUAGGUGCCGUGCCACUUGACAGCAGGAUAGGCAUGGCGUGCGAUUACGGCGAAAGCUUCUUCGACAACUUCCCAGACUCUCCGACGUGCAAGGCAUUGAGGGACGUGGUGAUCAACGUCGGAGAGCAGCUCGGUGUUGAUGCAGUUGACAUCCUGGGCGAUGAGUGAGGCAGGCGACCUGACAACAGCGAAGCAGUCCAAUUGUCCCCAGUAUGUAGUGACUCCCUGCCCUUCUCGUGAACGUCAAGUUUUACUGGAAUUAUGAUGCCCGUAGCGACUUGCUAGCGGAGACGGAAGUGAGACGUGCG